UUUGCACUUCAGUGCUUUUCAUUUUUUGGAACCCAUUGAUCCAGUGAUUCCACUGGCUAUAAGAUCAACUUGGAAAACAGUGACGGUCACAUUAGUAGCGAGAGUGUUGUUGGAGGUAAUACUAGCAGUUGGAGACUCACUGGGCUUCAAAAUGGACAAACCUACAUCAUAUCUAUUGUAUCUACUAAACAAGGCCUAUCGAGCAAUGCCACAUGUUAUGAAGUCAUAAUAUUGAAGCAGGUGUUGGUGUCAGUGAGCUCCAUAACAGCCACCUCCAUCUCCCUCUCCUGGAGUGUGUCCAGUUGGAGGGUGGCCAGUUGGGAGGUCGUCUGGAGACCCACUGACAGAGGCACUGAGAGCACCAGUGGCCCUCUGUCUGGCACUACCUACACCAUCCACCAGUUGGAUCCCUCCACUAUCUACACACUCACUGUCAGAGCCACUAAUGCAGUUGGAACCACCGACAGCACUACCAUACUUUUCUCCACCGUUCCCUAUAACUGUGAUUGUAAGAUGGCCACUGAGCUGGAGUCACUCAAUUCUAGCAUCAACUUCCAUUCCUUUGAAAGUGGUAAUACCGCAGCAAUUUCCGGUGCAGUGGUAAUACCAGUUGCUGUGAUACUGACCACAACAGCUGGUGUGGCAGUUAUUGUAGUGGUGUUGGCAAAGAAUAACAGAAACACAAAAAUGAAAACUGGGCAAGAUGGGAGAGAGGGUGAUUAUGAUGCAGUUCCUUUUCCACGUGAGGGCACUGGCUCCUUCCAGCCUAGCACUGCUGCUGCUGAAGACUCUGUUGUCUAUGAGACUGUUUGAUAUGUGGAUGCGUUUUUUGUCAUCAUCCACAGCAUAAUGAAAAAGCAC